GUGCCCGCAACGCCAUGAGCGCCUCUAACGCAAAGAAAAAGUCAAAUGCUUCAUGUAUCAUCUUUCCGUUUACCCUGCUGUGCAUCGCGGGCCUCGUCAUCGCGCUCCUGUCGUCCGCCUACUCCGACGCACUCCGGCGGGCGAGGCAGGCGGAGUACGACGCUAAGACAUCGUGGAAAAGGGCCGAAGCGGAAUGGCGGAACAAGGAGAGUGAAUCUAUAAAGGCAGCGGAGAAGAAGGCCAGUGCCUACCACCAGCAGGUCAAGCAGACGCAGGAGAAGGUGAUCCGAGCUCAAAAAGCCACUGAGGGCUUCGAGAAGAGGAUCCUGAAGGCGGAAAAGGACGCUGCCCUUGCGAAGAAGGACAGCGAGGAUUUUCAAGGGAAACUUGCAGACACGCUGACGGAGAUCGUGCGGAUGACGAAGGAGAGCGAUAGACUUCAAGAGAAACUGAACAAGGCACAGAAAGAGGCCGAAGAAGCCAGGCAAAAUGCCAAGCUGCUCGAACAAUUAGUUACAAAUUGCGCCGCUGUUACUUCAGGAAAGCCUGAGGUUUUAACAGAAAAUUACAACGCAAGGAAGGUAGAACCUACAAAAAAGGAGUCAGUGACAGAGUGCGCCACAUUCCCAAGCAGUGGAUGGGAAAAGUACCUCCUUGUUGGCACGAUGGUCAUCUUGCUCAUCUGGCGAAAAGUGGCGGUGACUUAUUGCUAUCGUCUGGUCAAGAUGUGUUAUCUAUGGAUCUAAGAGAUCUUCCCCGAGACCUCCGGAUGCCUUCCACAUAUCCAAAGGUCUCGCCUCUAAAGCCAUGGAUUGCGUAUACAACGAGAAGGAAGCCAUAUUUUGCGAACGCUGUCUUCGAUUCCAAAGAGUUAAUGUACUGAGAACCCCUGUUAAGUUUAAUAAAGGAGAAAAUGUGUUAUCUUAGUUAAACCUAACAUGUCAGAUGGACUCUAUUGAUAUACAGUAAUAAAAUCUAAAUUAAACAAAA